AUGAGUUCGUGUGUUUAUGCACAAGCACGACAUGGGAUAGUUGUGCCCAGGUCCUACGACAGCAGCAAAGAAGAUGCCCAGAAUCCGAACCCAGACUUUGACGACACGCCGCCCGGAAAGAGAGCUUUUCAAAAGGGUAAGGCCGGCAAAGCCCCUUUGAGAGUCGAUUCCCAGCAGACGGUAGUGGAGACCCCGCCGCCGAAAGCGAAGCGGGCCGACACUGAGGAUUUAUCAGGGUCUCUGUCUAAGAAAGUCAGACAUGCUCUGAGGAGGCCACAGUCUGUCGAUCAGCAGUCUACUUCGGAGAGAAAGGAUCGUGCAAAGCAAACGCAGAAGCAGCUCCAGCGAGAGUUUGAGGAAGCCGAUGACAGCCAAGACCCGAAGGACCCCGAAGCCGAAGCCAACACCAACAGCCCAGCUUCGACCAAAGCUUCAACGAAUGGAAAAGCAAAGGCCAAAGCAAAGGGGGCCGCUAAAUCCGCCCCCAAGAAGAAAGGCACAGCUGAAGACGAUGAAAGCGAGGCCCCGAACAAGCCCGACAAGGACUCCGGAAAGAAAGGCAAAGCUGAGGAAAGCGAGGCCCCGACCAAGCCCAAGAAGGACUCUGGAAAGAAAGGCAAAGCCGAGGAAAGCGAGGCCCCCACCAAGCCCAAGAAGGACUCUGGAAAGAAUGGCAAAGCCGAGGAAAGCGAGGCCCCAACCAAGCCCGAGAAGGACUCUGGAAAGAAAGGCAAAGCUGAGGAAAGCGAGGCCCCAACCAAGCCCAAGAAGGACUCUGGAAAGAAAGGCAAAGCUGAGGAAAGCGAGGCCCCGACCAAGCGCGAGAAGGACUCUGGAAAGAAACGCAAAGCUGAGGAAGAUGAAAGCGAGGUCCCAACCCCAACAAAGCCCAACAAGAAGUCCAAAGGCGAUGGUGCCACGGCGAAGCAACAGGAGGAUCACAGGACAGCCAGGUCCAGCAAUCAGCCCAUGCCGAGCCCCAAGAAAGCAGCACGCAAGCCGCAUUCAUCCCCCAGCAAGGAUAAGCAGGCCAACGCAAAGGAAGCCACGGAGGAGCAGAGCCUAGAGAACAAGAAGAAGUUUGCACACAAGAUGUACAUGAGGUUUUACCGAAGCCGGACCUGCCCCACCGAGAUCAAGUCGGCAUUCGAUCAGUCGAAGUACUGCAAGAACAAGAUGAGCAGCUUGUACGAGGACUUCCUCCAAACGGAGGGGGACUGGAAGAAAUCGAUGAUCUUUCGGACCAUUAAGUCCAUCACCAGAAACGGCCGACGGGGGAUUCGCCGGUGGCUCACACGAUCCCAAAUGCUAGUGCAUUUUGAUGAUGCAAGCAUCGUGGACAGCAUUAUCGCCCGCAAAGAGACCGACGAGUACCUUAAAAAGACGGAGGUGCGAGAGCACCCGGAAUGCCCAGGGCUUAUCCAGUACCUCGUCUUGGUGGACGAGGAGGUCACCGACGAGGAUGUUGAUGAGAUUGCGGAUCUGUUCCAGCAGGAGGACAGAGGUGAGUCCGACGACGGCUCGAGCUCGGACGAUGAUGACGACGAGGGAAAGAGCAAGGACGACAAGAAGAGCAAGAAGAAGUCUAAGAAAAAUGCAAAAAAGAAUAAGAAGGGUAAGAAGGAGAAGGAUGAGAAGGACGAAAAGGCCGAGGAGGAGAAAGCCAGGUUCAAGAAAGCAAAGCAGGCAGCCAACAAGGCCAUCGGCCAGCUCAGCAAGAUGAUCCGUGACCACAAUGCAAAGAUUGCUGACUUGGAUGGGAGCAAGCAGGUGCAGAAGGCCUUCCGCAAGGAUCUCGAUGAUUGCAUCGGCCAGCUCUCCGCCUGCAGAGCAAGCUUGCAAAGUGCUGUCGAUGGACAGGAGGAGAACGACAUGGUGACGUUGACCGAGCAGGCUGAGCAGCUCAUGAAGAAGAUGCAGGGCCAGGUGCUUGCUUUCGGCAAGAAGAAGAGCUUUGUGAAGGGGAUGGGGAAAUCCUCGAGUGCCUUAGACGUGCCGGAUUUGGCGGGUGGAGUUUCGAGUACUUCAGAGGUCGUUUUUGAUAUGGUGGACAAUGUCGCAGCUGCCGGCUCCAUCGCCCGUGAGAUGAGAGGCGCCAAAUCCACUGACGCAGCUGGUCUUCUUCCGGCCCCAUUGACGAAGCUCGGCACCUUCAGUGGCAAGAACCAUGCACCUGUUUAUGUGGAGACCGUUCUGAAGCAGAAACACGAUUCGGAAGAAGAAGUAUGUGUGAAGGUUCCGGUGCUACUCCCGCACCGCAUCUUGUCUUUUCUGUUCGAGGAGCUUGGCUUGGAAAUUUCUGCAGAUGCUCUAGCCAAGUAUUGGGCCCACUGUAAGCGCUGGUGUGACUGGUGUUGCGACCCCGACUUUGAUGGUUCCCACAUCCCUGUAUCACUCUAUGGUGACACUGCUCGGUAUGGGCAGGGCUACGAUCAAGCCAAAAUCACAGGUUGCUUUAUGAGCCUUGUGUUGUGGAGACCGAAGUCAACGAGGAUGAGUCAAUGGCUACUUUGGUGCCUAGAUACUGAAUUGAGCCUGGGAUGGAAGAGCCACAAUCCUCUUUAUCGUGCAAUCGUGGAAUCUUUAAACGCAGCCUUCGAUGGCCUGACCCCGGACAAUCGACCUCUGGGCAGAAAGUUCGCUGUAACACAGAUGAAAGGCGGGGUCCUGGCUUUCCUCAGGCACGGCAGCAUGGGUGGUUGGGCUCAGGGGUUGGCGGCCGCAGGGCCCGCUGCAGCAGGCGAGGCUUUGGGAGUCGCACCUGUGGACAGCCUAGGCGCUGCGCAAGCCCUGGAUGAUCCCCUCAAGCCACGAGAGGCGUUGAUGAUGACCCGUCUGGUUCACCCAGACGCGAGCAAGGGACUCCUCCAGAGUCUGCAAAUCGGACCUGAGGGCUUGAACCUGAAGCCUCAGGGCGUUGACCUCCAAUUGGAGAUCGUGAAUGUGCUGGCUGUGAAGCUCGCGAGUGCUAGUGGAACUGGCCUCGGAUCGAUGAGAAGAUCCGUCAGCGAGCGCUUCACCGAAGUCCAUCUGACGCCCCGCACGAAAAGCGGGGAGUCGUGA